AUGCAAAAUUACGAGCAGCACUUGAACGCAAUUUAAUUCAAUUGCGCAGUUCAGGGACCGCUAUCUGCGUGUUGUCAGCAUAGACUGUAGGUUGUCAGUCUGUGGUCGUAUCUCUCAUCAAAUUGUGCGAAAGAGAUGUCUGCUGCUCCGAGUCUGCGUUUGCUCUACUGCUACUCGAAUCCAGGAACUUUUGGAUAUGGUCCUGGCGUCAUAAGGUCUUUCAGUAUCAGUGUGCAGAAACAUGGCUACAAGUAUGUAAAUGCCCUGGAGGUGCCAACAGAUAUGAAAUCCAUCACUGACAGGGCUGCAACAACCCUCCUCUGGACUGAACUCUUUAGAGGUUUGGGGAUGACAUUGAGCUACCUGUUCCGUGAACCUGCCACCAUCAACUACCCGUUUGAGAAGGGUCCUCUGUCUCCUCGCUUCCGUGGAGAGCAUGCCCUCCGUCGUUACCCUAACGGAGAGGAGCGCUGCAUUGCUUGUAAGCUGUGUGAGGCCAUUUGCCCCGCUCAGGCCAUUACAAUUGAAGCUGAGACUCGUGCUGAUGGCAGCAGGAGAACUACACGCUAUGACAUCGAUAUGACCAAAUGUAUUUACUGUGGCUUUUGCCAGGAGGCCUGUCCUGUUGAUGCCAUUGUUCAGGGUCCAAACUUUGAGUUUUCCACAGAGACUCACGAGGAGCUGCUGUACAACAAAGAGAAGUUGCUCAACAAUGGAGACAGUUGGGAGGCUGAGAUAGCAGCCAACAUACAGGCAGACUACCUGUACAGAUAGAGUCACUAUUUUAUGUUUACACUGCCACCAAAGAUGUGUCGUACAUAAAUAUAUAUAUUAUCACGCUGCUAUCAUUAAAGAGAUUAUUUGUAGCUUUAAGGAUGUUCAAGAGACUUGCUUAUAAAAAGUAAAGCACCUUGAAGCCUCAGAUUCUGUUGUCAAACUUAUUAAUCAACGCACAAUUCUAACUUCUUCUGGAGUCAAAAUAAAUGAUGUUGACCUUAAAGUCUGUUAACCCAUGAAGCAAAUGCACUGUAUGUUGUGGUGUAUUUUCAGCUGCACUUUAAAAGCCUGUAAUGCCUCAAUAUAGCAAUUAGGCAAUCAAUGAAUAUUCACAUGUAAUGUUGCAAAGGCUUCUAAAAUACUAUAAUAAAUGAUGUUCUCAAACCUUCAAAGUUCAA